AUGUCUCUUCCCCAGCUCUGUCCAGGCUGCUACGUCGGGAUCGAUUCCCCUAAUAAAGGUGAUGCCUGUGCUCUCUUAUUUGGGAAAGGGCUUCUGAACCUUACUACCCGUGCUCAGUCCCAUCCCACCCCCGCGAAGAUAUCGUUGCCUCAAGCUCUUAGUGCUUAUUAUACUGUUAUUAGAGGAUUUGCCCGGUUUGUAAAUGUUGGGGAUGGAAGGGGAGAGACGCCUCUACAUCUUGCAGCACGGCGAAGAUGGACUGAGUGUGUCCGUGUACUCUUAGACCAUGGGGCUCUUGUUUCUUCUUCCACUAGGGAAUAUGGUCAUUCUGGGAGCACUCCUCUACAUUUGGCAGCUCACGGAGGAAGUUUGGAUUGUGUUCGCACAUUGCUUGCAUGGGGAGCCGAUCGGCUCCAGAGGGAUUCAUCUGGGCGAAUACCUUAUUCUGUAGCUAUAAAGUACAAUCAUGGAGCUUGUGCAGCUUUGCUAAACCCAUCAACAGCAGAACCUCUUGUUUGGCCUUCUCCAUUAAAGUUCAUCAAUGAACUUGAUCCAGAUGCAAGAGCUCUUCUAGAAGUAGCUCUGAUGGACGCUAACAAGGAAAGCGAGAAAAUAAUAUUGAAUGAAAGAAAAAAAUUGUUAUCUCCUGCAAAUGUGGAUGAAGCAUUUCAUGAUGAUGCUUCUGAGGCUAGUAGAUCUUGCGGCACCACAGAGGCUUUGGUGAACUUUAUGGCAUUUUAA